AUGCGCGACUCCAAAAAUGAAAAGCAAUCGCCUUUGAAGAUAUCAGAGUCGCGCCCUCCGACAUGGCUGCUAGAGGCACACUCUACGGCCGAUCUAGGAUACACGGGAUACUUUCCCCCACGCCCUGGGCAGGAAGUCGAUAUCUUGACGGAGGCAAAUGUGAAGAAUGGAUUGAUUCUCCCUGCUACGGUUUCCGCGGAGACGUUCACCGCGCAGGAAGUGGUCACAAAGAGACUCCAUGAGGAUGCCAUGUCGGGUCUUGAAGACCUGAUGAACCAAAUCUUCGCCCGGCGCGCUGAGGCAGUCCCAGCCAUCCCGCCGUCGUCGUUUCGCAUGCCUCCACGAGUCACCUUGAACGACGCCAAACGCCAAGCAUGGUUCGCCGAUCUCGCAAACCCAGACGUACCGCUCAGUAAAUUGGGAAAAAGCGUUCCGCAUGGUGCCAAAGGUCAAGACCUGCUCGAUCUCCUACAUGUUAACAAUGUCGCUAUCCCCCGCGCGAUAUGGUUUCUGCGCGUGUUCGGCGCAAACGAGACAGCAGGCCUUCGAAAUAAGCCGACGUACGACCCUACGCAGUAUAGUGUCGAUUGGGCAAACGUUGUGACGGGCUACAUGAAGAAGCAGCUCGGCGAAAUCCUCCUUCCUAGCGCCCCUCGUCCUGGCCUCAACAUCAAAUCCACUUUCAAGGGUGUUCUCGCUGACUCUGAGACACGCGAUCGCUGGAUCUCGCGAUUCACGUAUUGCUUGAAUCUGCUGCGCAGCUUCUAUUCGGAGGGACUUGUCGAUAAUCGCACGUUCUUGUCGUGGCUGGUACUACAGAUGAACACCUGUAACCUGGCUCAGGCGAGUUUCGUCGCACGGUUGGUCGACGAGUAUAUGGAAGGUCUUGUAUCCUGCAGGGCUCUAGUGCGCCCUUUAAUCGAGGCAUGUCUCGGUAAGAUUACAGAGAUUAUGUCGACAUCCGCAAAGCUGCAUCUAUCAAACCUGAGCCAGAUCCUAAUGACAUUCAUCGCAAGAUGUUGCUUCAACAUGCCGAACGCAUUCGUCAGCCCCCGUAUGUGGAUUGCGCACUCGUCUCUGCUGAGCGAUAUUCUAGCGGGCGAUGCGUGUGAAACACCAGACACGCUUUUCGAACACACGGAAAUAUUUCUUCGCCGCCUCCUCGCCGAAAAUCACGCAGAUAUCAAGAAGCGCAACGAGGCGAUGCUUUUUCGCAACCUACCCCCACGCGUGCUUGCGCGUCUUUCGGAGGCUGUCACAGACGUCAUGCACCUCAACUCCAUAUCAGUGAACACCGAUCUCGAUACGUUCCCUUUUUUCGACCCCCCGACCACGGAUGCCCAGUUUGCCCUCAAGGUCGAUAGGCUCCUGACAUGGAGCGUGACGCCCUUGCAAUACGGAGACCAUCGCCCUUAUGCUGCUGUAACCCUCCUGCGGCGCUGGUGCGACCGCGCAGGUGAUCGUGCGACGCGGCGGGAUUAUAAUUGCCCCGACGACCUGCUGCAGGAUUUGCUGUUUGACUGGCUCGACUCCUCGACUGUGGCUGGCGCGCCGGAGAAUCUGCAGGCGGUCGCAUUGCUGUUCGGGGGACUCGUGAAGCGAGAGCUUUUCUCCUACGCGAAAUACUUCCAGAGGCUCAUCGCGCGCUGCGAGCCUGGGUUAUUGCAUUCUGCAGAGGACGGUUCGCGGCAUCGGGAGUUCUUGAGGUGGAUUCCCUUGCAGAAGUCGACGUCCUCGAUCGUUAAUCAGCGCAAGGUGACGUUGCAUGGCGUCCGAGCUCGAGAGACGCCCGAGGAGCUCAACGAGCGCGAGAUCCGGCGCGAGAUCCGGCUCUUGAUUCCGGAUAUCUUUUCUGUGGAGCCGCAGCCUAUGUUGCAUCCUAUGGGCCCAGGGCAUUCCGAUCUCACGACGUUCCUAUCAUCGCCUCGUUAUGAACAAGUCAGGACUGUCCGACAGUGGUUGCUCCCUCUUCUUCUGAAGACUCUUCCGGAUCAAGCCGUGCGCUCGUUUUGCAUGGCCGUCGAACUCAUGGCCCAGGCCAAGUGCUACGGAUCUAUCUUGGAUCUUAGCCUUGCCAUGCUGGACUUGGCACCGUUCAACGUUGACCUUCUCGGCAUGUUGAUAGAGACCAUCCGAAGGUAUCUUUCGAUAUGGGCAAGCAUGAACGUCAUGAAGACAAUAGCGAACGCAUUGUAUGCUGCUAAUAGUGCCUGCAAGGCUAGGGGCAUGCACUCCCGCGUGCUUCUGACUUUGUUGCUAGAGAUCGACAAUGGCAGGAACUUGGAUCCCAAUUCGCGCAAAGUUAUCGAGUCGGAGAUGAUGAGUUACGCUCAGGCUCUCCGCGCCGCGGACGGCAAUCCCGAAACGGUCCCCACACAUCUACAAGAGAUACUCUUGUUGCCCAAUGACCUAAGGCCUGGGGCAGCCCAGUUACUCGCCAACAAUUUGUGGUACCGGUAUCGUACUGCGCCCGAUUGGGCAUGGCGAGUGUGGGAUAACACGUUCGCAAGUCUGCGCAUCAAGCCCCAGUUGCCGCAGGAUGCUGCAGGCGCUAGAGCCCGCGCAUUGCUCUAUGCUGAGUUUUUGCUUCACAUCGACGAGCAUCUGCCGAAUGGCUUGGACGAGCAUGUCUCGAAUUGGUUCAGCGGGCCUGGGGUUGCAGAGCUCAUCGCGAUUGAUGCCGAAGCUUGGGAUUGUGUCAUGGUGGCGCUGCUCUACCUUACUGUGCAGGGUGCUCUAUCGACGACAACGAUCCUCCAGGGUCUGGUGUACCCGAUGUGGCAGCGCGCGCUCAAUCCUCCUCCUCCCGGUGGCACCCAAGCCAUCUCUCAACCGCCCGAAGUUUACCUUCGUGCGGCUCACGAGAUUUUUGCUCGACUGAUGCUGCGGACUGAGAGCAAUGGAGACGAGAUACCCCCGACAGACUUCAUACAGUCGCAAAGGAUUCGUACUCGUCGCCAGGACGUCUGCGCGGAGCCGCAUCUUCUGCUGCUCGUUUCGAAUAUUCCCGUUCUGGUUUUCGUGGAGAACGAUCCUCACAUACCCGAGGAGCUGCGACAACUGUCGUCCUCCAUCCGACACGCUGUGUGCGAAAUCACAGAGUUCCGACAAGGGGUGUACAGAGAUUUAAGUGCUGUCCGUGCCGCGUUUGAGCGGUGGUUGCAGUACGAUUCGCUGGAUGAGAGUCUUGUCGAGCCGCUCAUGGACGCUUUACGGUUGAUACUAAACGUCGCCCGCACGACCAUCGGGUCGUCCGAAUGGCUCGACACAUCCGCACUCCUCAGUCCUUGGAAGCUUGCAGCCACAGCGAUCGAGGUGCAAUUUGGCUUGAAGCAGAUGGGCGAGCGAUUGGCUCUGGGCACUCCACAUACCCAUGGCAAGACGAAGGUCGAUAAAUUGAUUGCUCAGUUUUUGCACCAUCAUAUGACGACGGAAGAAGCGGAUUUUGUGGCAGACAUGGCCAAAGGCGUUGGUCCUACCAUCGUCAGCAAGUUCGUCAACAUGGGCCUGUACACGAUUGCGGGUAUAUUGAAGACUACAUCGGUGCCUUCUCAGCAAACCUUGGACGUGGUCGGGGAACGCCUUCGUCUUCUCGCGCAUGUCGUCGAACCGGUCAGAGAUGAUCCGCUUCAACUUCCUACGAUGGACGCACCAACGCAAAACGAUUUUUUCGAGACCCUCAUGAACAAAUUUGAGGCUCUUGGAUCGAUCCUCUCUCCCAAACCGCCCGCCAAAUCUGAGAUGACACCGGCCCAGGCCACGCAAGCGGCUAUUUUGAUGGCCCGCCUUUUACAGUUCGACUUGGCAUUUCGAGGAGUAUGGACUCCGAAGACUCGACAGCUCAGCGGCAAGAUGUGCGAGGUUGUUUUUGAUCUUGCGCUGGCUCAUGGUGCAGGCGAUCAUCUGAACCCGAUUGCAUUCCCACUCUUAUUAGACACUUACUGUUACCUUCUCGACGGUAUGUUAGUUUUUUUUGGAAGUGUUUUCAUGCCGAUUGACGGGGGUAUCACAGAAAUUGCAUACGAUACCAAGAGUCCGGCCCCCGACCUCUUUCGCAAUUACCCCCAACGCAGUAUGAUGGACCUUCCCCCCGACAUGCCAGAGGAAUAUCGCCAGAACCUACGCUCCCUCUUGCCGUAUUGCAGCCCCAACGAAGUCGUGGCGGACCUGGCCUACGCAUCGCGAGAUGCAGCGGGCCGCGUCGUCGUCGGCGCAGCGGUGCAGAACCGGCCGUGGGAGUGGGUCGAGAACCUCGGCGACCCGCUCGCGGGCGACGCGAAGGACGAAAAGCAGAGCGACGAGCACCGCACGGCCGUGGUGAAGAACACGGCCUCGCUCUCCCUCGAGCUCUUCGCCGCGCGCGCGACCGGCGACGCGAUCGUCCCCGCGCCGGCGCACGACACCGCGCUGCUCGACGCGACCCUCCGCUCGUUCCACGACAACCUGUCCACCGAGAGCAUCUUCGCGCGCGACUGGCGCGAGACCCGCGUCAGCCUCCAG